AUGUCUUCUCCUGAGAUUCAGCCGCCAACCGCGGGUACAGCAGACUGGAAGCGCGCCAAGCAGCGCUUUCUCUUCGCGUCGCUUGCUCUCAUACUGAUCACCGUCGCUCUAUUUCUUCACUCCUCGCUUUCAAAACCUGACGUUCUGAAUCUCGGAACAGAACGGACCACAGAAACGCUAACGCAAACGGAAUCUGCGACAACUGCUGCCGUAGGCCAAGCUGAGCUUGCCGGCGAUCCCCAACCUACGCCGGAGCAGAAAUCCGAACCAGAGAAACCGUCCGAGCCUAAGCCAGAACGCGAAAAUGCGGUUUCGCCAUCAACCACGUGCGAUCUAACCGUUGGAAGCUGGGUGCCCAACCCAUCACGCGAGCCGCAGUACACGGGGGAGAGCUGCCGGAGCUUGAGUCGGGCGCUCAACUGCCAGCGCAAUGGCCGCACCAACAUGCAUUACCUGCAGUACGAGUGGCGCAGCCCUGAGUGCCGCAUUGAGAGGUUCGAUGCAUCUGCCUUCCUGGAGCGCAUGCGCAACAAGGUGUUUCUGGUCGUUGGGGAUUCCCUCACCUUGAACUUCUUUUCAGCCCUCCAAUGCCUCAUUGAGACAGUCACUCCGACCAAGAGCAGGGAGGGCCCGCUGUUCCCAGGAGGGCCCAACGCUCAUGCGUUGCUUGCACCGCACUUCAAUGCCACGUUCCUCCGCCAAGCUGCCGCCUUCCUCGCCCGAUCCCUUCCCACCGGUGGAGAUAGGACCAGCAGUGGAAGCACGUGGACGGUGCAUCUGGACCAGGUGCAUCCGGAGUGGGCGGCUGUGCUUCCGUACACCGACUACGUGGUCUUUGGGGCCGGAGCUUGGUACACCACUGGUCGGGUGAAGACGCGGCACUACAUGAUCAACAACACCGAGCAGCCAAACAACCGCAUGGCCACCAUGCAAGCCGCCCUCCAUGCAGUCACUCGCUUCACCCGCAGCAUCAACUACACGGGGAUGCCCAUUUUCCUGACCUACUCGCCCAUGCAUGGCAACGUGCGAGUCAACAGCACUGCUCCCUCGGUGGGCUGUAGCGCCUACAUGGACCCGGUGGGGGCGGACGCCGUGGAAGUGCCGCAGUGGAAUAAAGACUGCAUAGGCGUGCGGAACGCGCAGCUUGAGGUGGUUCAACAAUCAAAGGAGUUCAAAGUGGUUGAUGUGACUGCACUCUCCGUUCUUAGGCCAGACGGGCACCUCCAAGACCAUU